CACCGUGUAUGUUAACCACAGAAAAGCCUUGUGAUCUGUUGGAGCUCUUGUAGUGUGCUCUGUGACGCAGGCCGAGCACACUGUGACUAGGUAAGCCAACAUCAUAGACCAGUUGACUCACAGAAAAAAGUAUAUCCGCGCUAUAUGGUGAAUAGUGAAUAUAAGGAAAUAAUGAAUUCAUAUUUUGUGUGUAAGAAUUUCAUAGAAAGUACUGAAGAGUGAGGGAGAAUGCGAAAAUGGUGGUGACAGAGAUAAGGACUGUGAAAAAAGCAGCUUUGAGGAGAUAAACACGAGUUAAAGUGAAAGAAAGAAUUUUUAUGAAAGAUCAGAAUUACAGCGAAGGAAAACAACAGUUAUGGGGAGAAACAAGAGUUAUAGUAACAGAAUAAACACUUAUGAUUUGAAAGAGUUGCAUAAAAGGAAGCAAAAAUUAUGGAGAAAACAGGAUUUACAGGUAAUGAAGCAACCCUUGUCGAGAAAAGCAGAAGUUACUGUGAAGGGAUCAAGACUUAUUGCGAAAAUGAGGCAAUGGUUAUAGUGAAGAAAAUAUACAAUUAUGAAAAAAAAAUGGAAUGAAGCAAGAAUUAGUGAGAGGACCAACAAUUAUGGAGACCAGUAAUGAGAAAAGAACAUUAUUGACGAAAAGAAGUGAUAUUGGAUGAAGACGUGUCUCUAUGGGAUUCUGUUCCAUCCACUCCUACGCUGAUGUCACCACUGCUUCACAUCAGUGCCCAGACGUGCAACCCUUCAGGAAGUUACCAGUUCACGCAGAGAAGCCACAGAACGCCUGGCUUCUGAUCUUUCUAUCAUUUCUAAUUGGGACAGAGCAAACCCCUGUGUUGGUCAAAACAUCAAAAAAUCCAGUUCCUCCAUAUAUCCGCUGGACUCAGCCAUUCAGAUAACUAUCCCUAUCCCCUCUUCUCCAGUGAGGAUUAGCUGUUCCCAUCUUAUACACUGAACAUCCUUUAAAAAUCUAAACUGGGAACUUCACAUAGUGUCUCUCGCUCAAGGGUUCUGUAACGUUAGACGUUCUGAGCCGUUUCCAUAUAUAUGUGGGAUUUCAAUAUUCUCCAUAGGAUUGACUUCAGCCUCUCUUACGGUCAAGAUUGCAUUUCCAUCUUCUUUAGACAUACUCAUAUUAACUGUUGUCAUGACCUUAUUGAUUCCAACUGUCUCGCGGCCUCGCUACGCAAAACUUUCAACUUUCUCUCACCCAUAUUUUGUUCACCUCCUUAAUGCAAGAGUUAACUAGUAUUUUCAGUCUCUGAUCCUUUUUUGCUAGUAAACUUUAAAACUUACUGCCAGUUUCUGUAUUCCCUCAUGCCAGUGAUAUAAAUUCUUUCAGGUUUCAAUAUACCUCACUAUGUAAUUUUUGACUAGAUUUCAAACUACCUCCUGAAGAGACUGGCACUUCCAGUGAGCUCUUUUCUUCAGUUUUCUUGUUUGUUUUAAAUAAAAUAAAUAAACAAAUAAAUGCAUAAAAAAGGCUGGCUAAAAAAAAAUGACUCGCAACAAAAGUUUCACCUGACUGGUAUCAAAUGAUGUUUUUUUUUAUUCCAUUAUAUUUUUGGAUAGGUUUCUCUCUCUCUCUCUCUCUCUCUCUCUCUCUCUCUCUCUCUCUCUCUCUCUCUCUCUCUCUCUCUCUCUCUCUCUCUCUCUCUCUCUCUCUCUCUCUCUCUCUCUUGUGACUUUGUGAAUAGGAUGACAAACAAUAAAUUUGACAUUUAUAACCAUGAUGACAGUCAAUUCUAUUCCCAUUUAUGCUCCACUUCACUGUCAUUAAUUCAGCGUGUAUAUUUCAGAAACUACAAUGCGCCGCCACAUCUUAGUAAGAGCAACAUGGAAUCUCAGCAGCAAGAUGUUCAAACACUGCCUUUGUUCGCGGGACUUCAUCCUUCUCAUCUUUGCUGUUUGUCUGCUCUACAUUUGCAUGCAGUUGCUGGAGACGACACGAGAUAUAAAGUCAAGCCUCCGCAUAGCCACUGCCUCGGACAAUAGCAGGUACCUCUCCCAGUUGUCGACGAUAAGGGAGAGCUCACUGUUCACCGCAAUGGUUGCAGCUGAUGCCGGUGAAAAGGAACAAUUGGCAAGAAUUGUGCGGCGGAUCCCCAACGUGCCUUUGAGUUACACACUCGGCAACAAACCCGUGAAAAACGCAAAAGACAAGAAAUGUAGCAAGUACCCGACGCUGUAUGAUAUUCAGUUUAACAACAUUUACUGGCAGGUCCUCCACACCACCAACGGAACCUUUUACUUAUACAGUGCUUUCUUUGACAAUCGUCCAGCAUCCCCUGAAAAGCCGUCUGUUCGCAUUCUGGCCAUGGCGGAUCGCGUCACCCCUGCUGUCACCAUCCGCUGCCAGCUCUGGUAUGAAGGGGAAGAGGAUCCGGUAGUUACCAAGGUUUCCGAAUAUAAGUAUAUUUGGGUUAAAUCAUAUGGGAAUUACAAGAACGGCAUCCUGCAACCGUAUCUGCUCCAAUGCAUUGUCCCCAUGGAUUUCACCGAGCGAGUGCCGCUCUCAGUAUCACUAGUGGAAGAUCGAUGUGACCCACCCAAAAAUAACUUGCGAGUCAUCAACAAUCUCCCGGGGGAAGGUGGAAAGGAAAAUUUUGCUGUUUGCGUCAAAGGAAUGAGUGGCACACGAGACAACAGCUUGAAAAUGGUAGAGUGGCUGGAGCUGAUGUUCCUCCUCGGGGCCCACAAAGUGUUCCUUUACGACAUGGGUGUCCAUUCUAACAUGUCCAAGAUAUUCCGAUAUUACGAGUCUCAAGGAAAGGUUGACCUGAAAAGUUUGACAUUGCCUGGUGACCAACCCAACGACCGCGACUUACUGGACAUUUACUUGAAACACAAGGUGGUAAACAAACGUCAAAAUGAGGUAAUUCCGUACAACGACUGCCUUUACAGGAAUAUGAACCGAUACAAGUUCAUUGUGCUACUCGACACGGACGAGAUCAUCAUGCCAAGAACAACACAGAACUGGGAGACACUAAUGAAGAAAAUAGCGCCAGAGGUCAUGUCAGGAAGCGGCCACCCGAGGAGCUCCUACGUCGCCCGCCACGUGUACUUCCUUGACUCCAUGCAGGAGGAGCACGGAUGGGCGACGGACGUGCCACACUACAUGCACUUCCUUCAGCACGUGUACCGCGCCUUCAACUACACUGGGCCUGGUAGUUAUGUGAAGUGCUUUCACGAUCCUCAGCGAGUCCACACUCUCCAUAACCAUUAUCCGAUUUCCUGCCUGAAGGGAGGCUGCUCCCAUGAGGACAUGCCCACGGAGCUGGUGCACCUGCAGCACUACCGGUCAGGGUGUAAGCCAGAACUGAAAAAAGUGUGCCCCUUAUUCUUAAACCACACAGUCCUAGAAGACUCCAUCCUUAGGUACAAGGAGCCCCUGGUGCGCGGAACUGUUCGUACUCUGCGGGACCUUGGCUUCACGUUGGACUGAUGGAUGUGGGGUCAAAGUGAUGACCAUAUUGGAAAUUACUACUGUGGUUUGUCAUGUGUGGUAAAUGUCAUGUCACUUCAGUGUUAUGCUGCAAGUAUUAGGAAUAGUGAUGAACAUGUGCACUUAUGAUUACGACCGCAAUUACUUUUAUUAUAUGUGUGUAGAGAUAGUCUUAAAUACUCUCUCUCUCUCUCUCUCUCUCUCUCUCUCUCUCUCUCUCUCUCUCUCUCUCUCUCUCUCUCUCUCUCUCUCUCUCUCUCUCUCUCUCUCUCUCUCUCACACACACACACACACACACACACACACACUUUUAUAUUCAGCCUAGUCUUGGUUGUAUACCAUUUCAAAACGUUAUUUUUUUAUAACAUUUAUCCAUUAUACAUUUGUAAUGUAUUAUGUCGCCGAAUUAAAUGUAACAGGAGAAAAGAUGCCUGUUGCGCAGCCGUCAUUCUAAGGCACGGUCUCAGGAUCCGCAAUACCUCUCAAGUGUCAUGUGUUUACAAGGCUGACACAGGUACAGUAAUCCUCUUGAUCACUCAUAUCCGUCCACCCCACAACACCGUGGCCAGUAUUCGUCUGCCUCCGUCUUCCUCUCCCCUACAUGUUCUCAUCUUCCCGCUCCUGACAUUCUUGUGCCUCCUACCACCACUUUGUCCUUGUCUACUCUUUUAUACGUCUCUCUCCUUCUCUUUCCCACCAGCUAUCUUAACUUUUCUUAACGUAAAAGUGUGCCGUACUCAGUUGUGAGUGUUGGCGUAGCGUCACCCUUCCUGGUCCUCAGCAUAGGUAAUGGUGUGGCUAGUUUCUUUGUCUGCCUUCAUUAAGUUCCCAUUCACAGCUGGCCGGUACCCAGUACCCAUUGUAAGGCUAGGUGAACGUAGGAGCGAGCAAUCGUCUCAGAAAAAUCUUACCAGUAACUAGGAUUCGAACCCAGGACAUCUUACAUUGUUGUCAAACGCGCUAUCGCCUGAGCUACCACAACAUAAUAAACUAUGUGAGUAGACAGAGCACUCACAUGAGGCACGUGCUGGUAAAUUCUGUCAUUAUGUGCAGUGAUUGACAUCGCAGGUAUGACUCGUGUCUGCUUGUGUGUGCGUCGUCGUGAUCUACUGUUUAUCGCGGUGCUUUGAGGAAGCCUCUUAUCUUACUCUCAUUUCUAGAAUCACUUACAUUUAUUCAUUGGUGAUAACUUACAUAUUGUUUGUUACUUUUUUUAUGUAUACAGUUUUUUAAAGCGAUUUUAGGUAGUUUAUUUUUAUUAAUCAAGAUAAUAUAUUAUGGAUAAUUUAUGAUUUAUAAAUUUUUCGUUUGCAUGAUUUAUCUCAGACUGUCUUUUCACAUUGUACUAUUCUGUAUUUCUGAAGUGAUGGCUUUGGUGGAUAUGAAUGAGUUGUCAAAUUAUUAUUUAAUGUUACGGUAUACGCCGUUUCUUUUCAAGUGUUUCAUUACUGUGGCAUGCAUUGCUGCUGUGCAAUAUUUGUUUUUCUUGUAUCAGUAUGUAUUGUUGUGUAGAUAUUUUUUUGAGAAAACUCAUUUCCAUUCUUUUUCUUUAUAAGGAUGCUGAAAAUCAUAUAUUAUGUCAAACUCUUCUCUAAUUUAUUCUCUCUCUCUCUCUCUCUCUCUCUCUCUCUCUCUCUCUCUCUCUCUCUCUCUCUCUCUCUCUCUCUCUCUCUCUCUCUCUCUCUCUCUCUCUC